AUGGAUUUUUGGACUUCUUCUCUCCCUCUUGAUGAUGAAUUCCAAAAGCUUGUAAUUCGAAUGAAUCCUCCCAAAGUAACUGUGGAUAAUUCUUCAAGCAGAACAACCACUUUGAUAAAGGUUGAUAGUGCUAAUAAGCGUGGUAGUUUGUUGGAAGUUGUUCAGGUUCUUACUGAUAUGAAUCUCAUUGUUAGAAGAGCUUAUAUUUCAUCUGAUGGAGAAUGGUUUAUGGAUGUUUUUCAUGUUACUGAUCAAAAUGGGAAAAAGUGUCUUCAAGAAGAUGUUGCUGACAGAAUUCAACAGUCACUCGGUCCAAGAAUCCGCAGUUUCCGAUCGGUGAGAAGGUCGGUCGGAGUUCAAGCUGCGGCAGAACAUACGACGAUCGAGUUAACAGGACGAGAUAGGCCGGGAUUGCUCUCAGAAGUUUUUGCUAUUCUCACUGACCUUAAAUGCAACGUGGUAGCGGCUGAAGUCUGGACUCACAAUUCAAGAAUGGCGUCAGUAGUUUACUUCACCGACGACACAACGGGAUUGCCAAUAGACAAUCACGACCGCCUCGCCAAAAUUAAGCAUCUCCUGCUAUAUGUCCUGAGAGGAGACAUCGACAAGAAGAACGCAAACACUGCUGUUUCGUUUUGUUCGACUCAUAAGGAAAGGAGGCUGCAUCAGCUGAUGUAUGCUGAUCGUGAUUAUGAUGUAUAUGAUGGUGAUUAUUCUUGCUCAACAAGUAACAGAAACAAGCUCAAUGUAACUGUUGAUGAUUGCAUUGACAAAGGAUAUACGGUCGUGAAUUUGAGGUGUCCGGAUCGACCAAAGUUACUAUUCGAUACUAUUUGCACACUCACUGACAUGCAGUAUGUUGUGUACCAUGGAACUGUCACUGCAGAAGGACUAGAAGCAUAUCAGGAAUACUACAUAAGGCACGUGGAUGGAUAUCCUAUCAGUUCUGAAGCAGAAAGGCAAAGAGUGAUUCACUGCUUGGAGGCUGCUGUUCGGAGACGAACUUCUGAGGGAAUAAAACUUGAACUCUGCGGUGAAGACAGAGUUGGCCUUUUGUCCGACGUAACUCGCAUAUUUAGAGAAAACGGCCUUUCAGUCAGCCGCGCCGAGGUCACAACAAGGGGUUCACAAGCCAUAAAUGUUUUCUAUGUGACAGACGUGUCUGGAAAUCCGGUUAAGAGUGAAACAAUUGAGGCGGUUCGAAAAGAGAUUGGAUUGACUAUACUGCGUGUAAAAGACGACGACAUGUGCACGAAUUCUCUAUCCCAAGAGCGUGGAAAAUUUUCUUUACGCGAUAUCGUUCGAUCGAGAUCCGAGAAGUUUCUUUACAAUUUAGGUCUGAUGAAGUCUUGUUCUUGA